AUGGAGUCUCCAAACCAAUAUACUGGCAUGUUGCUGUGCCUCCUUUGCGCACUACCCACUACUGUGCAGUUCGACGUUAUCUUUCCAAGAAACCACACAAUCUACAAACCCGUAUACCUAUUUCCUGUCGUUUUUGGUCUUCACAAUGGCUCUACGACAUGGCCGUACACAGUUCACUGGGACUGGAGCAUCAUAGACGUUGAUGGAUCUCCUGUAGAAGACAUCGCCUCUGGAGGGCGGGUCCGUGGUCUUGCAGGCAAAGAAGAGCUGCUCCCGCCUCCGGACUCAUAUCUCAUUAUUGAAACGGUCGACGAAUUCCUCAACACCACGGCUCGAGACUUGUUUAUGCGCUAUAGCUUCGGUAUCAGAUAUGCAUGUAAUGAAAGCACGGGAGAAGUUCCGUCUGAUCGUAAAUUUGAUGUUUUCUUUUACGGAUCAGUCUCUUUUGGUCUGAACCCUCAAAAAGGAACUAUCCCUGAUCUUGCAGAUGUAGGGUCUUGUGCCAUGCCAGUCGGCUCUAUCGGUAUAGAAAAAGAGAUAACCAACCGUCGUGGGCCCUGCCCCAUCCUGGCACCUGGACCGCAGCCCACACAACUAGACCUGGCCCAAUAUAACUGGACUCACUGA